AUGUAUAGAAUGGUUAAUAUUAUUGACAGCGCCUAUUUCUGGGCGAUGCCUAUUUUCGUCCUGCCAAUCCGAUUGAAAAGACAAACUUACAAUUCUAACUACUCAAACGGAGUGACUGUUCCAAAUUAUUCUGAUGGUUUUCAUCAUAAUGGGUAUGCCAAUAUUGGUAAAAUACCUAAUAACAGAGACACUAGUACAAAUCGCAACCAGCUGCCAGUCAAUUCCUAUGAAAGUUAUCCUAAACCUCAAUAUGAGCCGAACUUAGGUUACCAAUUUAACGAUAAUCCUGUUCAGGGAUCCGAAAACACGAAACCGAAUAUAUUAAUUACACAAAACACUACAAGAACAAGAAAUUCUAACAAUGUUGGUAACAGAUUUGGCAAUGAUAGGCCUCAAAGAUUCGAUAACUCUGACACAACUAAUUUUAAUGCCCAAAAUACUAGGAGAGGCUACACAGGCGGAGUAAGCGUCGUUAAUAUUGGAAAUGGACAAGGUAAAAAAAACAUCGUAGAUGUGUAUGAAAGACGAAGUGGUAAUUCAGAUGGUUAUUUUCAUAACACAGAUAAUACUCGAAGUACUAGAAGAGGACCAACUAUAACCAAUAUCGGUAACGGAAUUGGAAAUCGUAACGAAAUUUAUAUACAAGAUAAUGUGAGAGUAUUAGAUCGAUCUGUCACACCAACUAGAAGACCUGCUUAUAGAAGAACAACAAAUACACAACAAACUAACUACCGACAAAAUUGGAAUCCACUCAACUCAAAUUCAAGAAACAAUUUUUAUCCAAGUUUUAAUAACGAUCAGGUACUACGUACGUACACUAGAAUUGGCCAAGGCAAAGAUAACACAAAUUUAGUUUAUAUAAAUGGAGUACCUAUACUUUCUAAUUCGGGCUUAACAAUUAGCGAGACUAACCAUAAAGGACAAGGUGAGCAACCAUACUAUAAUACAAAUCAACAAUUUUACAUAUCAGAAGAUAAUUUAAGAGUUUUACCCCAUAGACGUUUAAAUCAAUAA